UUAGCAUCCAACUAGAAAAUCCAGGAUCAUACAGCAAUUUAGAGAACUACUACAAUAAAUUUAGAAUUUGUAAGAGAAAAAAUAACUGGCUACAUUCACCCCAGAAUAUUCUUGGUGUGGAAGAUUUGCCCUUUCUUAAGGUGAGCGUAAAAUGCACCUUACUGUAUUAUCCUACUCUGUCUAAUGCCAGACGAUUUUACACGUCAAGGGGAAGAGCCUUGCGCAUUAAUGGUUUAUUGAAAAUUUCUAUUACAGAUAACACAUCCAGCUGGCUGUUUUUCUCAGUUUCUUAAUUUCUUUGGUGAAAAAAUUUUUAUAAUCUGGAAAUUAGUUUUACUUCAUCGACGGAUUUUAUUCUUCUCACCUCCUCCGGUUGGAAUCUCGUGUUACAGAGGUGAGGCAAUACCCUCUUCAUUCGUAGUCUGUGAAGAUAUGAUGAUCUGGAAGCCAGGAAAACUUCAAAGCCACAAAAUAGAAGAGCUUUGGUUGAUGUUGAACUGUACCUCACAGGCCUGCAAAUAAUUAUUUUGCUUGGAAGGACAGAUGUCCGAUCAAGACAAAAAGUGGUCGGACAUUUAUCAGCUAGUUUUUCUCGGACAAUGGACGAAGGAAAUUUCUCAUGGUCUUUUUCAUAUUAGCGUGACGUUUUUCGGCUGGUCAUGUUGAUCUGCACUACAGUGCGUCUAAAACUGGGGUAUAAAUCUACAAGUCCUACUGCAUUUUCAGUAAAAUAUAUGGUUCAGGAUAUACAUAAAUUUAAUUUCUACCAUGUUAUAAAAGACGCUUUAUAUUUGUAGUUAAAUCUUACGGCUUAAUGCAGCCAAGAUAAUGCACGAGUAUCGUGUAUAUUGCUUUGGUUUCAUUAUUGAAAUUGUGUUCAAAAUCAAUUUUUGGAGAUUGGAGAUUUGAACAGCCUAAAUCGGUCGGUUACAUGUCCGAUCAUAAAAAAACCUUGAUCAGACAAAAGGUAAAACUUGGCCGGACAAUGUCCGAUGACCGACACUAAUCUGCAGGCCUUUCUCACCGUGCGCGAAUCGUUUGUGUUAACUUCAUUAAAUAUUAUUCAUCGUGGUUGCACGUUUCAUCUCAGCUAUCCCUAUUGGACGAUUACUUCAUUAUACGAAAAUACAACGAGCUCAAUCACCGUGACCGUGCACAAAUUAACAUAAACUCCGACAAAAACUAGUGCUGUGCAAACUCCGGUUUUUCAUCUCCGGCUCCGGCCGAAUUACAGCUCUGAGCUCCGGCUCCGGCUCCGGCCACAUCAUAAAAUAUUAAAUAAAUAUUUUACGAUCAGAGAACAUUUAUUAAUAUUAUUAUGAAUAACCCUUUUCGCGCUUCCUAACUAUCAGAUAACAUAAUUCAGGAAACAAAACAGUGAAAACACUUAAGACUUAACCACGCAGAAAAUAUCUAUAUGGAAACCAGCCUCGAAAAAUCUUUGACACGAGGCAUGACGCGAGGCAUGACGCUAACACUCUCAGACUCCACAGCGCAAUUGUUCGCACGCAAACAAAGUACUCUGCCAUUUUCAAAAGGUUGAUAUUUAUUUGUUUUGUACUUUUUCGUUAUCUACAAGGCAUGAAUACACAGACUAUGUAGCGCUAAGUCAGAUGGCUUCAUGAAAGCAUGACGUUUGUAAGUUGCGAUCGUAUUACAGCUUUUCGACGCUGUUCCUGUGGGCUGUGGCAGUUUGAGUCUAUGAUGAAUUCAUUAACAGCAAUUGGCAGUUUGCAGUAACUAAUAAUCGUUUGACAUUUGUCUCAUUUCAUAUUGUUUUCUUGUCAUUUUGCCGGAGCCGGGAAUACGUAACUCCGGCUCCGGCAUACAAAAUUCGGCUCCGGCGUCGGAAAAACCGCCGGAGCUCCGGCAGAACUCCCGCUCCGGCAACUCCGGCGCACAGCACUAACAAAAACAUCACACAGUGACUUCUGUUCAGUUUCCAGACCAUCCUAUAUCUUGACAGACUAUAUGCUUCAUUCAAACUAUUACUGUAAAAUUUUGCUACGAAAAAUAAUAUAGGUCAGCGAUUAUUCUUUACUUUUUUUUAGUGUACUGCGCUUGUCUUUUGGGAAGCCAUUCUAUUCCGCUCUCAUUUGAAACUGGAACGAAUCCUUUGUUUUUUACAAAUAUUUUCGAUAUACCUCAACUGGGAACGGAACACAAGUACAUCGCAUGUAAGUGUUUUUGGUUUCUUAAAAUGUUUUGAGAGAAGAAUCUUUUGUAUGUUACGUAACACGCGCUCAAAUCUAAUGAGUACUGUAUACUUUUUUAUUUGAUACGUUUCUCGAGCGGCAAACAAACUUAGAAAUUUUUUUGUGCUUUAUUUGUAAAAUUGUGCUAAAAUGAAGAGAUUUUAGAUGGUACGCCAGAGAGAAAAUGAUGUCUGAAGUUCAGCAAGUUUUGCUUAUAUUGCUGUAGAGUAUGGCGUCAAUUUUACAGCAUCAAUGAUAACUGUAUUUAAAUUGGCAAUAUUUUUCUAUUUUGUGUUUCUCAAACGCCAGAUGCAUUUAAAAAGGUUGCUGAUUUUGUGAACUACAAAAUAAAGCUAAAACAAAGUAAUUUUGAGAGGAACGCCAAAAUGAUUGAUUGCAUCAUUGAAAAAGGUUACUUCUUUUAAAAGAAUACAUCAAUAGAAUGAGUAAGAAUUUUCCUAUAAACAUUUCGCCUUCAUUGCAUUGGUAGUUGUAACCAGUUCUUGGUCUUUUGACAAUAGUUAAACUUACAAAUAUUUAACUUUUUAGCUUUUAUUGAUAAAACCGAUUAAGAUUUUUACAAUUAUAUUUCAAUUUUCAAUUUCCAGGCACAACAGAAAAAAUUUUUGAAAGUAAAAGUGAUCUGUACGAUGUCUACGUCGAUAAUCAGAAUAUCAAAUGCAAGCCAUAUUUAUCAUCAAUACAAUAUAUCAAUAGUUACGAUAAGGAUCGAUUUAAUCGAUUGCUUGAUUAUCGGUAAGUUUUCAAUUUUAUUGUAACAGUUAAUCAGUGAGCUUCGUAUUUAACUGGAGUGAUAACUCUCUACAAGGUUGUUGAGCUCAACAGACUUGAUACAAGUUGUUCCAACAACUUGUUAUUGUCCUACAAUUUAACAAGUUGUGAGUGACAACUUUGUAGCAACUUGAUAAAAUAACAGCAUUGUUAGAACUUGUUGACAACUUGUUACAAGGUUGUUGAGCUCAGCAGACUUGUUACAAGUUAUUCCAACAACUUGUUAUCGUCCUGCAAUUCAACAAUUUGUCAACAGGUUGUGAGCGACAACCUUGUAGCAACUUGAUAAAAUAACAGCAUUGUUAGAACUUGUUGACAAACUUGCUACAAGCCUGUUUUAAGUUGUGAGAUUUUUACGAGGUUCGAUUGUUAGCAGUGCUACAGCUUGUCCGGUAAAAUGCGAAGAAGGCCUCUACAUAACCGGUUUUAUUUUAUUUUCCAGCUCAAAUCAACUGCUAACCGAAGGCGAAUGUGUUGAUGAUGAAAAAAUGUACACGCGAUUUUUCGCAGAUUUAAAUAACAGUAUUUUCCAGGCCCUUAUUGACGCGGCAUCGACGCGCGAUAAACAACUCAGCGCUGACGCCAUACGCAAAAUGGGUCUCGAUCCAAAUAAGGACAGGACAUUUUUAAAUCAAUUAAUAGAACUUUAUGGCGUAGACAUACCGCUCGAGGAAGAGUCGUGUUGUUGUAUUAUGUAAUAUAGGAUGUUUUUCCAAGCCUGACAGGAUUGCCAGAUCGCUGAAUAUAAAUAAGCCAAAUAUUGUUAUAAGCGAUCCCAUUAAUUUCUUUGGUUAUAGUCAUAUAUUUGGCUAAAAGGUUAUAAUCAUAUAUUUGGCUUAUUUAUUCAGUAAUCUGACAACCCUGAUAUAUGACAAAGUUCUGGGCCGAAACGUGUUAACCAUGCUAUCAAAAUUAUUCUGGGUGGAGGACGGUCUAGGCAGGCUUUGGGCGUCCUGGGACGCCCCUAGAACGAAAAAUGGACGCCCAAAUUCUGGGGGAAAAGGAAAUUAUUUUCAACAAUUUUCCUAAGUAAAUUACUAUAU